AUGAGAAAUUAUGAACAUGAGGGCAAGGAGGACCUCGUCAUUGCACUGGACAGCAGUUCUGCGUGGAGUCAACAUGCCGAAGACAAUUCAUCAAAACAUUAUGAAGGCCAUAUUUGGAACCUUCAAAAACUCUCUCAUAUCCAACAACCCUAUUCAUCCUCUGCUGAUGUCAACUACCCUACGAAUGAAACGACAAACUCCCUCGACCAUGGGAAUGCUACGGAAAGAGACAAGAGAUGCAAGCUCUCAACUUCCUGCUUUUCAAGCAAAAAGUAUCCAUGGAUGAGAGAGACACAUACACCUAUAAACUUCAGCUCCAUUAACGUCAUGGAAUCAGGUGAUUCCAGGUACAGCAGUGAAGCUGGAGUACAGGAUAACGGCUGUUCUAACAGUAAACGGGCACGUGCAGCAUUCACCUCCGCCCAGCUGCUUGAGCUGGAGAAGGAGUUUCACUUCAGCGCUUACCUGUGCCGCCCACGGAGACUUGAAAUGGCUGCGCUGCUGAAGCUCACUGACCGCCAGAUUAAAAUCUGGUUCCAAAACCGUCGCAUGAAGUAUAAGAAAGAUCAUAAGGAAAAGUCAAUGGCAAAGUCCUGCCUGGAAACAGGUAACCAGCCCUUUGUGAUUAGUGGAAGUGCAGCAGUGGAUACUCCAAUGCCAUUAAAAUUCCAGUACCACUACGAGAGACCGUGAAUGUCUGUGAUGAACUGUGCUCACUUGUGAAACUACAUGAAAUCCAACAACCAGUGACUUCUGCUUUCAGAAUCCAGCACUAAAGAAUGAUUCACAUAAUGACAGUGACUUCUUUCAACAUCUUUGAUAAGUGAAAUACAAAUUCUCCACAAAAUAUGUAGCUGUUCUGUUUCUGAUCAGCUAUUUUCCCCAUUGUAACUCUCUCUGACAUGAUUUAUAUAUAAGGAAAUUGAAGAUUUAUUGCCUCUAGAUGAUGAUUUAUAUGAAAAGUUAACUUGGACGAGUUCAAUAACCAAGUUCACUUUGAUCCAGAUUACAUGUUAUCAGCCAGUACAUGGCACAUCAGAGUUAGUCUUCAUUGUGCAUAAACUGCUGUAGUAAUAUCUUUGCAAAGUGCCAAGAUUUAUUGCACACGGAUGCAAGCCCGCUGGUACAGGUUUAUCUCUUGGACACAGAAAUUCAAGACUUUGAAUGGUCAUUAACAUCCACUCUCAAAACGAUAUGGUAUUUUCCCAAGGCAUAUGCUGAAUCUUUUAACUCUGAAUGUUGUUGAUAAUGUCCAUGUUGAAUCCUACUGACUGGUUCUCCAAUUAACAAUGCUCUACUCUGCGUUUAACUUUACACAAAGUGUUUUUCUGUUUUAUACUGAAAGUACUGGUCAUUUAAAUCUGAAUUUAUGGUGUUUUGACUAACAAAUGAAUAAAGCAACAAAACAGGA